ACUCCGCAACGGUGAUUAAAAAACAAACGUUACUCGGAAUGAAUAAGUCCUGGCAAGAACAUCUCGGACCUGUAAUUCCAUAUGACUUCGUGUCGCCAUCGUCGAUUCGUCCUUCAACGCGAUCAAAUUCGACUAUGGCUGAGUGUGACGCCUUCUUCGACCGGAACAAGCCCGGUUUAGACUUCGAACAAAAGUCUAGACGAAUUAAAGAGUUCUGCGAGUUCCACCAGACAAGCGAGAACACCAAAAUUGUGCUCAUAACGUCUGGCGGCACAACAGUUCCUCUAGAACAUAACACGGUACGCUUCGUGGAUAACUUUAGCAUUGGCAUGCGUGGAGCAGCUAGCGCUGAGUACUUCCUUAAAGCCGGUUACGUUGCAAUCUUUCUCCAUCGAUCGAAGUCGCUUGAGCCAUUUUCACGAAAAAUUCAUGACAACGUCCUCGACCUAUUCUCCUAUCAGAACGGUCAGGUCACCAUCGCGGACAAGGCUCGGCCGCAAUUGCAGGAAAUCAUGGCCGACUACGAACAGGUGCGCGCAGAAAAUCGCCUUCUAAAAAUCAAAUUCACGACGUUGGCUGACUACCUAUUCUUGCUUCGCGCAUCAGCUCAGCACCUUCGUGCAUUUUCAUCCCGGGCGAUGUUCUACUUGGCGGCGGCCGUUAGCGAUUUCUAUGUCCCGCCCGAUGAAAUGGCCCAACACAAGAUUAACUCGGAUGCCCAGCUCACCAUGACCUUCCACCUAGUACCGAAAGUUCUUAAACCCCUCGUGUGCCUCUGGGUGCCGGACGCCUUCGUUGUGUCGUUCAAACUUGAGACUGACGAGAACAUACUGCUAGACAAGGCACAGCGGGCCCUUGAGAACUACAAGCACAGUUGGGUAAUUGCGAAUGAGCUGCAUUCGCGCAAAGAACGAGUGACAUUCGUUAGCAAAACGGAAAAAAUCGACGUACGAAUGACGCGCGAAGAAAUCGAAGCUGGUAGCGAGAUUGAAAAGAAGAUUGUGGCACAGCUCAGCGUCCUUCAUCAGGCGUUUCUUAAUGCGCGGGAAACUAUUGACCGAGUGAAAUCCUAUGAGGAUUUCACCGAAACUUCGUUAACUGUCCACACGUAUCUUGUUCGUUUUGUGCUGUUUAGUCUGACCUUUCAUCUAUGGAGAACAUCAUAAUAUAUAUCGAAUACUGGGAGCAGUCAAGCCUUUGAAACUACCACAAAUGACAGACAAUUGUGGUUUCUCUCCCAUCCACCUGAGCCUUUGCGCUAUGUGGAUCCAGAUCUCUCAAUAUAUUUUGAGUUCGGGCUAGUGGUAACAGGCUUGACACUAAGUCGAGCGGCUGUACUUAUGAAAGGACACGGACGGCAGCCGGACAGUCAGUAAAACUGCGGGAUCAACUCUGGAAUCUACCCACAAACUUAGCCAAAUGCACCGGAAAAAAACACACAAACAAAAAUAUCAUUGGUAAGACGAUCGUCUCAAUUGAUUUCAUCACUAUCUACUCAGAAAACAAAAGCCAACGAAGGAACGAGCUACUGCUUCACCAACAUCGCCAAACCCAUGCUUUAAAGUGCUGUUUAUUAUGUCCAAAAAACAGAGAAGUCAUUAACCGAACAACACCUCUUCGUGAACAACCAGCGCAUAAAUCACCGGACUUAUUUCCGCACUGGCUGCGUGGCCUCGGUGAUAACGAGUGCAUGCAAAAGCAAAAAGUAGACUUCAGCUGGAGACUGCAGACUAAGCUCACGUCCGAUUUGUCGACAGUGAUGAUCAGCACUUAAAUCAGUCAUACAAAUGACGGGUAUCCCCUAUAAAAACGCUAUAGAGGUUGGUGAAUGACACCUGCCCAUAAAGGUAUAGGAUGACAACAUGAGAGGAAGGGUGUAUCGACAGUUAAGCGACCUUAGUAGUACUUUUCUAUUGUGCUACUCGGCUCGUGUUGGUCGCAUGAUUUUUCUUUUGAUGGGUAGCUGCUUUUGAUGGAGAGGACAAGGAAAUGAGAAUGAGAAAUUUUGAUUAUGGUGCAUGUACCAUCUUGCCAUGUGGCCUGACGACAGAAUGAAUAUUUGGAUGUACGACAAAUUUGGAUGGAAUAGGUGUUCAGCGUUAGCGGAUUCAAUUGAAUAUUUUAGACAAUUUCAGAAUAAGAUAACGAACAUUUCUAUCUCCACUUAAAAGUAAUUUAGUAUCUGGCAGGGGUAAUUUGAAUUUCGUAGUCGCUUAGACGUUUAUUACGGGUUGAUUUCUGUUUCAUUGAAAACAAAUCGUAAUUAGUAACCUGUUAAACGGCAAAGGAUGUCAACUCUUCAGAAAUGAGUAAUUUUAAUAGCUAUUAAGGUAUAAUACCAAACAGAACAAUUGUUUUGCAUAGCACGCCAACACGAAUACUAUUACGCCGAUAGUAAUUGUACAUCAGUUCACACCUUCUGCAUUACCGCAUAGUGCAGUACCUCUAAACUUGAACUUAGCCGAAUUCACAUGUUCUUCACAAGUAGCGUGAGACUAACUCCUUUUCUCACUAGGCCCAAAAUACCAACUUAUACUCAGGCACAUAGGUACACAUGCCAAUCGUAUGUAAAGAGCUUACUUUCAUUGCAGGGGAAUUAAGGUGACGCACCAUACCGAUGUAGAAACGCGUACGACGUCUGGCUGAGGCAAUUGUGGCAACUGCCCAUCGUUACUGAUGACGCCGUUUUUAUUUUCCCCGUUGUUAUUAUUUACCUUUAAUUGUUUACUCUUCUGGGACUUUCAAUAUUGCUGCAAUUGUGGUGGCGCAAUGCAAGUUUCGCUGCUUAUCCGGAGUAAGUAGUAUCUCGUUACAGAUCCCCUAUGGAUGAGGUUUAAAAGCGGGUGACAGCCUCCUCUUAGAAACGAAGCUAACUGAUACGAUCCAUACAGAAAGAGGACGAUGUUGAGUUGAACCCAGCGGGUUUCAGUACUGUGGAUCGAGCACUCCAGCAACGCUCAUGAUCGAGCCAUUAUGUAGAACCUAACAGCAAGUCGAUGGUACGCGUUCAGAUGGCAAACAGCUUAGGCUCACUGUGCUGGGUGGGAACUCCAGUGACAUGGUUAACUACGGUAUCAGCACAGACAACAAUAAACAAUCCUCAAUAACAAUAAGAAGAAAAAGACUAGCGUUUUUGGUUCUCGUUUAAAACGGCCAUAAGCCCAGCUGAAUGAGUGAGAAACGGCAUGGUGAACACAUAGGGAAGUUGACUCCCAGGCAGAUCUUUCAAUGGGAACACUUUUCAAGAUCUCCGUAUGUAAAAGAUGACGCAAACCCAUUGAAUUUCAUAACACAGAUGUACACUAGUUUUGUCUAUUAUAUAGCGAAAGCAACAACGAGUUCAUUUGAAACCGUCGAGAAUAUUCUAAGGAAAGUAUCUGAAUGUGACACAUACUGCCUUCGAAUGUAUUAAAUUACGAUGGGAAACCGCGAAUGAUUCGCUAGGAGCUAAAGUAGUACAUUAUGUGCAUCUAAUUCCGUAUAGAACGAUGAUUAGUACGGGCCUACUACAGCAGAUAAUACUUUUAUUGAUGUUUUAAUUAGGCCUUGUAUCGCGUCAGUUGCAUAUUAAUCACAUAAAACUGUAUGUAUAAAUGUAUAUAAAUGCUUCAAGUACUUAAAUGAUAUCUGCACAACUUAGAAAAUAUGAUUGACUGAUAUUACACAUAUUAUAAGAAUAUCAUCUGCAUAUAAUCAUCUAUGCACGUGAAUAGCGCUCAGAAAUAGCGCAGUGGUAAUGUAAGUGCUCACUAUUCAGGAAAUUCAACUAAGUUGGCUUGGCAGAUGCUUCAAAUAAUUCCUAACGUCUUACAUACCGAAUAUGACAUUCGAAAUUCAAUUUUCUUCAGAU